CAAUCGAAUUCAACACGAACAAACACACGACGCAGCAGCAGCAAUGGCCAUGGCGGCCGCGGGCAUUGGCGGCGCGCUGGGAUUCCUCGCGCCGCGCCGCCGCGCCAUCUCCUGGAGAGCGGGGGGAGCGGCCGGAGCGGCGUUCCGGCGGCGGCCGCUGGUGGCGGUGCGGGCGUCGUACGAGGCCGGGGUCGGGGUGAUGGCGACCAAGGUGGGGAUGAUGACCUACUUCGACCCGGCCACCGGCAAGCCCGUGCCGGUGACCAUCGUCGGGUUCCGGGAGGGCGGCAACGUGGUGACGCAGGUGAAGACCGCCGCCACCGACGGGUACGACGCUGUCCAGGUCGGGUACCACGGCGUCCGCGAGGCGAAGCUCACCCGCCCGGAGCUCGGCCACCUCGGCAAGGCCGGCGCGCCGCCGCUCCGCCACCUGCAGGAGUUCCGCCUCCAGUCCGUCGAGGGGUACGACCCCGGCCAGCCGCUCGACUUCGCCGAGAUGUUCAAGGAGGGCGACCUCGUCGACAUCUCCGGCAAGUCCAUCGGCAAGGGGUUCCAAGGUGGCAUCAAGAGGCACAACUUCAAGCGAGGGCUGAUGACUCACGGUUCCAAGAGCCACAGAGCUCUGGGUUCGAUCGGUGCGGGUACUACGCCAGGGCGGGUGUACAAGGGGAAGAAGAUGCCCGGGAGGAUGGGAGGAACCAAGACCAAGAUCAGGAAGCUCAAGAUCGUCAAGAUUGACAACGACCUCAGGGUUCUGAUGAUCAAGGGCGCUGUGCCGGGGAAGCCCGGGAACCUCCUCCGCAUCGCGCCUGCCAAGAUCGUCGGCAAGAACAUCCCCAAGAACUAGAUUUAUGUUUCAUCCUGUUUUGUGAUCGGUUGUUUACUGAACUGUUGUAAAUUGGAGAUGUUCUUUUGCCCUUGUCCAGGUUUUUGUAUACGCUUAACUCAGUUUCGUAAAGCCUUUUCUUUUUGUAUCA